AUGAACAACAGCAAGCACUUGACUUGUGAAUCACCUCGCUAUCAAUUCGGUGACACUUUAGGUGCUUGGGUGAAUGACAAACUCGUUAGUGCAGUACAUAUCCGACGAUUGUAUAUUCGAUCUCGUGAUGACAAUGUAGAAUACUUAUGUGGUGCCAUAUCAAAUGUUGCUACAUUAGAGGAGCAUAGAAAACAUGGUUAUUCACGUGAAUUAUUACGAAUGGCUAUAACAAAAAUGGAACAAAGUGAAGAAUUCGAUAUAUCUGUAUUAGGCACAGGCCGGCCGAAUCAUUAUUUAGUUCUGGGUUGGGAACAAAUCGCCCUGCCAUCGCCCAUUAGCGUUCAGUGGAAUCAUUUUAGCUCCUCUGGAGAUAAUCACCAUCAAUGGUACCCGAUAAAUGACCUACUUUCAUCUAAUUGUCAACUUUUACUCGACAUUCAUUCGAAUAAACCUCGAACAUACCAAUUCAGUCGAUCACCGGUCAGCAUGUUUCAACAUUGGGUUGGCUGGAAUUGGCGAAAAGAAAACGCCAUUGCAUAUUUAUUAUCCGACCAGGGUUACAUUGUUAUUACUCAUCCCGAUAGUGCAGAAAAUACCUACGUAUCAGAAUGGCGAGCGGCGAAUGUCGAAACCGAAAAGAAACUUUUGAAAUUAGCAGCAAAUGAAGUACAUAGACGACAUCCACAGCUAAAAACAAUUCGUUUACAUACAGUGCCACAAUACAUGGGUUUGAAUGAAUUAGAUCAAUGGGCAGGUGUUGUUACUGUCAGUAAAAAUGAUCAUACGAUGAUUCGAAAUAUCCGAUUGUCAAGAGAUGUUUUGGAAAAGAUUAAAGCUGCUUAUUUGGGUGGUCAUGCGACGUUUUGGCAAGGUGAUUACUUUUAA